AUGGGUCUUUUGUUUGAGAAGCCGGCGGGCACCGAGGGCAAGGCAUGGCCCGCCAUUGUCAUCUCUGGGUUUGUUGCUUUUGGUGGCAUUCUGUUCGGCUAUGACACUGGCACCAUCAGCGGCAUCCUCGCCAUGCGCCACUGGGCCGAGACCUUCUCAACCGGCUACCGCGACAGCACCGGCCAGCUCAACGUCACCUCCAGCCAGUCCUCGGCCAUCGUCUCGAUCCUCUCCGCGGGCACUUUCUUCGGUGCGCUCGGUGCCGCCCCCAUGGGCGACAUCAUCGGGCGCCGCUGGGGUCUGAUUGCCUCGAACGGAGUCUUUGUCCUUGGAGUCGUCCUCCAGACCAUCGCAACCUCGAUCCCUCCGUUUCUUGCCGGUCGUUUCUUUGCUGGGUUGGGUGUUGGCUUGAUUUCUGCGCUGGUUCCCCUCUACCAAUCCGAAACAGCCCCCAAAUGGAUCCGCGGCUUCAUCGUCGGCUCGUACCAAUUCGCCAUCACUGUCGGCCUCCUCCUCGCCUCCGUCGUCAACAACGCAACCCACAAGCGCGACGACUCGGGAUCCUACCGCAUCCCCAUCGCCGUGCAAUUCGCCUGGUCCAUCAUCCUCGUCGGCGGCAUGCUCAUCCUCCCCGAAACCCCGCGCUACCUCGUCAAGCGCGACAACACGCAAGCCGCCGCGCGCAGUCUCUCCAAGCUCCGUCGUCUCCCCGAGGACCACGAGGCUGUCCGCCAGGAACUCGCCGAGAUCCAGGCCAACCACCAGUACGAGAUGAGCCUCGGGCAGUCCGGGUAUCUCGACUGUUUCCGCGGGAACCUGCUUAAGCGAUUGAUCACGGGCUGUGCGCUGCAGGGGCUGCAGCAGCUGACGGGCAUCAACUUCAUCUUCUACUACGGGACGCAAUUCUUCAAGAACUCGGGCUUCAAGAACGAGUUUGUCAUCACGCUCAUCACCAACUGCGUCAAUGUCGGCUCGACCAUCCCGGGCCUGUACGCGAUUGACAAGUGGGGUCGUCGCCCGGUCUUGCUUCUCGGUGCUAUCGGCAUGGCUGUCUCCCAGCUCAUCGUUGCUGUCGUGGGAACCACGACCACCGGCCAGGACGCCGAGGGCAAUGUCAUCGUGCACAACGACGCGGCGCAAAAGGCGGCUAUUGCCUUUAUCUGCAUCUACAUCUUCUUCUUCGCCGCCUCGUGGGGACCUAUUGCCUGGGUGGUAACUGGCGAAAUCUUCCCGCUCAAGACCCGCGCCAAGUCCCUCUCCAUGACCACCGCCACAAACUGGCUGCUGAACUGGGCGCUCAGCUUCUCGACCCCGUACCUGGUCAACUACGGCGACGGCAACGCAAACCUGCAGUCCAAGAUCUUCUUCAUCUGGUUCGGGUGCUGCUUCAUCUGCAUUGGGUUCGUGUACUUUAUGAUCUACGAGACCAAGGGCCUCACGCUCGAGGAGGUCGAUGAGCUGUACAAUGAGGUCGGGAGUGCGAGGGAGAGUGUGGGGUGGAAGCCCCGUGUCACCUUUAUGGAGAGACGCGCCAAGGAGGCGGGCAUGAUCGGCGCGCAGGAUAAGGGGGGUGUUGGCGUUGGUGAGCAUCUUGAGGUCAAGGAGGGGGAUGGUGUGUCCGUCUAGGAGUAAGACGGCGCUUGAUGGAUUGGGAAGUGAGAUGUAUGGGUGGAGGAAUGUGUUAGGGGUUUGAUUCAGAGGGCGGGCAACUGUAGGGAGUGUGGUGUUGUUAGUAGAGGAUUACACUCAUAGUGUUGGAAAGCCAUCAUGGUACGGAGUUAAACAAAGUUUCUCUAAGGGGCCAAGGGUGAUGCUGUCAAGGGCAUACUUGGUACAUAGAGCUCUUGUUCACUGCUACACUGCUAAGCGUGCAUUUAGAUAUUCUUUCGAGAUAAUUGUCUUAUCCAUGAUCUGACUAUAGG